AUGAAUCUCAUCUUCGACUUCGACGGCACAAUCACCGUCAAAGACACGAUCUUCCAGCUUGCCCAAUCCGCAAUCUCCGUCCAGUCCCAGCGCAACGACGGCAAACAUCUACAAGCAUCAUGGGACCACAUCGUCAAAGCGUACGGCGACGACCACACGGCCUUUGCAAACGCCUUUACGCCGGCUUCACACGAGCGCCGCUCGCCAGGCCAGGAACUCGCCUAUCUCUCUAGCCUCAAGGACACGGAGAAUGCGUCGCUGGAUAGAGUCGACGAGUCGGGUUUGUUCAGAGGAUUGACGGCCCAGGACUUGUUUCAGAUGGGCAGGGACCAAGUUUGCGGCGGAUCCAUUGUCGUUAGAGAGGGCUUCGUCGAGAUGCUUGAGAUGGCGCGUGAGAAUGGGUGGCAUGUUGCUGUCAUCUCCGUGAAUUGGUCCAGGGCGUUUAUAGAGGGCGUGCUUCAUCCUCAUAACAUCCCAAUCAUCACCAACAACAUCUCCGCUGAUGGCACAAUCCAAGGCCCCGACGAAUUCAACGACGGCGUCAGACUAACUACCUCGCGCGACAAGGCCAAUUCUCUGAACCAACUCAUCUCCAGACAAGAGCACUCCUCUCAUCCAACCGUCUACUUUGGCGACUCAACUACCGACAUGGAAUGCCUCCUUGCCCACCACGGCAUUGUCAUAUCUGCCGACGCCAAGUCGUCGCUCAUGCAAACACUCGAGCGAGUCGGCAUCCGCGUCCCGCACGUCGGCAGCCCCGAUGACGGAGCAAACAUCUUUUGGGCACGAGACUUUCGCGAGAUUUUGGAGAGCCAGACGCUGGAUCGCAUUUCCAAAGGCCCAUGA